AUGUUGACAAAUGUGGCAAGGAAUGGGCACUUCUCGGGUUUUCAAAUGCUUAAUGGGAGACCUUGUAUCUUCUAUUUGCAGUAUGCUGAUGAUACUCUAAUCUUUUGUGAAGCUCAGAGUUCUCAGGUUACCAAUAUUGUUACAUUGCUGAAAUGUUGCGAAGUUGCCUUAGGCUUAAAGGUUAACUUCGAGAAAACAAGUGUUGUUGGCUUAACUUGCAGUGAUGAGGAGGUGUGGUCAACAGCGCAGUGGCUGGGGUGUAAGGUAGAAAAAUUCCCGAUUACUUAUUUGGGGAUGCUGUUAUCAGAUGGACGCCUUCCAAUUGCUGCCUGGGAUAAAAUUCUACAGCGCAUCCAAGUUAAACUUGAUCUAUGGAAGUUUAAAUAUCUCUCAUUUGCAGGAAAGGUUACGUUUAUUAAGGCUUGUCUGUCGAAGUUAUCUGUUUAUCAAAUGUCAAUUUUACAAAUCCCUUCUUCGGUGGCUAGGAAAAUUGAAACGACGAUGAGAAACUUUCUUUGGGGAUCCUCAGUGGAGACAAGGAAAUUUCGUCUUCUUCGAUGGGAUAGGGUGUGCACGCCCAAGAAGGAAGGGGGGCUCGGCAUUAGGAAAUCAAAACUGUUAAUCAAGCUUUACUCUGUAAGUGGUGGUGGGGGAGUUUAA